CCGCCGUGAGGGGAUGAGGCGCAGCCCGUGAUCUCUGACGGGGCGCGGGGCUCCCUCCCGUCGCCAUGGGGCUGCGGGGACACCGGAGGGAGCCGAAGCCGCGCCUGCCGCCGUCGCGGGUCUCUCGCUCUCCCCAGCGGAGCGUCCCGGAGCUCGGGGGAGCCCGACACGGAGAGUGAAGGGAGCGCCGACACCGGGCGCCAUGGAAGAGCGGCUGCUGAGCCGCUGGCUGCUGCUGCCGCCGCUCCUGGCUCUGCUCUUCCUCUUCGUCCUCUACCAGUACGCCUCUCCCGGUGGAGGCUGCCUUAGCGCGCCCGCCGCCGCUGCGCCCGAUCCUCCGGCCGUUUCCCCCUGCGGCGCCGGGGUGCACCCGGCCCGGCGGAGGCAGCGCUUCCCCGGGGACCCCGCGGGGCUCUCGUCCCGCCCGCCGGGCUCCCCCGGGCGCAGGUCCGCCUUCGGCCUGUCGGAGCUGUGCCGCCGCGCGCGCUUCGACAUGCGCGGCCGCGACGUGAUGGUGUUCCUGCACAUCCAGAAGACCGGCGGCACCACCUUCGGGAGGCACCUGGUGCGCAACAUCCGCCUCGAGCAGCCCUGCUACUGCCGCGCGGGGCAGAAGAAGUGCACUUGCCACCGGCCGGGAGCCGCCGCUGCCACGCCGCCUGAAGGCGACAAGGGGGACAAGGGCGACACGUGGCUCUUCUCGCGCUUCUCCACCGGCUGGAGUUGCGGGCUGCACGCCGACUGGACCGAGCUCACCAGCUGCGUGCCCGCCGCCAUGGAGCGCAGGGGGGGCUGCCCCGCCAACCGCACCCGCAGGAACUUCUAUUACAUCACAAUGCUGAGAGACCCUGUGUCACGUUACUUGAGUGAGUGGAAACAUGUUCAAAGGGGUGCAACAUGGAAGACUUCCCUCCACAUGUGUGAUGGGAGGAGCCCGACACCAGAGGAACUGCCUAUGUGUUACCUAGGGGAUGACUGGUCUGGGGUCAGCUUGCAGGAAUUCAUGAAUUGUGGCCAUAAUUUGGCUAACAGUCGGCAGGUGCGCAUGCUGGCAGACCUCAGCCUGGUUGGAUGUUACAAUUUGACCUUUAUGAAUGAAAGUGAAAGAAACAUGAUCCUUCUCCAAAGCGCCAAGAACAACUUGAAAAACAUGGCCUUCUUUGGGCUCACAGAAUUUCAGAGAAAAACUCAAUAUCUCUUUGAGAGGACAUUUAACCUGGAGUUCAUCUCUCCGUUCACUCAGUACAAUAUCACUCGAGCCUCUAAUGUGGAUAUCAGUGAGUCAGUGCGGAAGCGCAUCGAAGAGCUGAACUUCCUGGAUAUGCAGCUGUAUGAAUAUGCUAAAGACCUAUUUCUGCAGCGCUUUCAGUAUGCUAAGCAAGAAGAGCAUGAACUAAAUCGGCAGAAACGACGGGAGGAGCGAAAAUUUUUGCGUGAACAGAAGGUCCAUGAAUGGCAAAAGGAGGAGGAAGCAGAAACACUAGCUGUUACUGAGGAUUACAACAGUCAGGUGGAACGGUGGUGAAUUUCCCUUGUGUGUGUACACACACACUCACACUAAGAGACACUGAUAUUUCAUUGAACUUAAUUAUUCAACUGUGAAUAGAUAUGUGGAACUCCUAUUGUUCUGAUAAAUGAGAAAGAGUCUCUCAGCCAUCCUUCCGGAUUUUAUGUUUUGGCUUUUUAGAUUUUGUCAUUUAAGAAAACAGUAUGUUGUGCUUUUCAGUCCGCCUUAAUCAGUGUUAUUUGAUUGGCUGUUGAAUAGCUUGCUAUUUAUUGUUUAUUUAUUAUAUUUACUGUUUAUCCUGACUUUCCUGACACAUAUCUUUUCCAAGGAGGCUUACAGUGAACAUCAAAAUACAUUAAUAAAAUCAGAAUAAACAAUAUAACAAAUAUAACAAGUUAUCAGGCUCCUUGUCGCGGGGUGGUUGGUGGCAGAUGGCCCUGUGGAAGGAGAAAAGACACUCCAGCUGGACUGGGAAAAGGCUCCCAGUGUUAUCUUUACCUGCCUGCCUCCCUUUCCUGGAAGAAUCCUUUCCACAUAGCAACCAGUGUCUUCCAGUGCAUUGUCCUUACCUUGAUCUUAAGGUUUUUCCUUAUGACAUUAUUUACAACGGAUGCUUGGAAGGAGGGUGGAAAUGAAAGCUCAUGCCACAGUAUCAGUUUCGCUUAUAUACAAUGAUUUGCCAUGGUUGGUCUUCUAGUCCCUUGUAAAUUGUACUGUGUAAGUUCGUGGUGACUGUAACAGAGAAAAACCUGCUGCCCU